UCCAAUACUUACCUAAACCAAACCCUAGACUAUCAUUUCGCUCGGUUCCUCGAGUCUUGAUCUCUUGCCUCCCUUGAUUCCUCUGCUCCUCUUAGGGCAGCUGCACUUGGGACAACCUGUCGGAGAAGAAGGUCGGCGACUCGUCGCUCCUCCCCUCGUUCCUGUUCUCCGUUCGGGAAUUGACUCAGGUACAGGCAUGGCUAUAAUGUCUGCCAGAGUGUUUAGACAAAUCACUUCUAGUAAAGAGGCAGCUACUACACUGUGGAAUAGAGGAUUUGCUGCGGGGCCAAGCAAAGCAAAGAAAGGCAAAAAAGGCGGGGCAGGCGCUGAUGCUCCAAAAACUUCUACACUGACCAAGGAAAUUAAGAGCACCACAGUAGUUGGAGCCAACAUCCUCAAGGAUGGUUCAGAUCCAAAAGUAUUGCCUGAUUCAGAAUAUCCUGAUUGGCUUUGGCAUUUAACCGAUAAGCGUCUUCCAUUGAGCGAACUCCGGAGAAAGGAUAUUGAAGCUCUCCCUUAUGAACAGCUUAAACGCUUUGUUAAAUUAGAUAAUCGUUCUCGAAUAAAAGAAAAUAACACACUUAAGGCUAAGAACUGAUUUUGAAGCGUGAAGGCACGUUUUAUAGUUGUCUUGUUAUGAUGUUAAACCAGAGUAGAGAAUUUAUGUGGCAAAACUGCUUCA